CACAGCAGCUUCGUAACGUAUUCGAAAGAUACCGUUCUUUGUACUAGAACACAUUCAAAUUUAAUUGGGCACUUGAGGAAGCCACUCAGAUAACGAUAUCAAAGCUCAUCAGUGUUUUUAGAAUCGGUCAUCAUCAUUUCUUUGAUCAUCACGUCGCAUUCACCCUGGCCUGACCAGACACCUUCAACGCACCUAGCUAGUCCCAGACAAUCAACAUGACCCGACUCAUCGAAACCGUCGACCUCUCGAACACAUCCACGGCAUACUACGCCCCAGCAACAAUCACUCGCGCCGGUUCUCUCGUGCAUAUAUCGGGCUUGCCCGGCAACACUAAAGAUGGCCAGGUGCCGUCGGACUACGACUCACAAAUCCACCUCGCGCUGCUCAACCUUCGCAAAGUCAUCAUAGCUGCCGGAUCGACUGUGCCAAAUGUUGCCAGUUUGACUCUGUACAUUGUGGACUACGAUGCCUCCAAGCGUCAGCACGCCCGCCACGUACAGCGGUUCUUGGGAACGCACCGCCCCGCAAUGACGCUGGUCCCCGUACAAAAACUGGCGGUGCCGGGCUGGUUGAUCGAGAUAAACGCCGUAGUCGCUCGGCCAGAGGCACCUCCAGUUCCUCGAAGUCUUCCUUCUGUGCAGGAGACUGUCGAUGUUGUUAUCAUUGGUGCGGGAUUGGCGGGCCUCUCCGCUGCUCAUGAGGUCCGGCGGGCUGGGCUGAGUUGCGUCGUUUUGGAAGCCCGGGAUCGCGUAGGUGGCAAGACGUGGAGUCAACCGAUGGAGGAUGGCGGGGAUAACGGAGUGUUCGACCUCGGUGCGGCCUGGAUCAACGACACGAACCAAAGCAGGAUGUAUGGACUUGCGAAGAGAUACGGCGCCGAGUUGAUCGAACAGAACACCAAAGGCAACUGCGUUCUUCAAGAUUUUGAUGGCAAGUGCAGUCCUUUCCCAUAUGGAGAGCUGCCCAAGUUCAGCGAAGCGACUCGUGAUCAUUUGGCGCAGAUUAGAGACAUGGUAGAAGCAGACUGCCAAGCCCUCGACGUUUUCAGACCAAGGGAGACAUCUCUCGAUUCCCUCACAUUCGAGGCCUACCUCAAAUCUCGCGGUGCCGCCAGUAUUGCUCUGGCCACGGCCACUGUAUGGACACGGGCCAUGUUGGGCCAAGAGCCGAAAGACAUAUCAGCACUGUACUUCCUGAACUAUUGCAAGUCCGGUGGUGGACUGCUGCAGAUGCGAUCCGACAGGAAAGACGGCGGGCAAUAUCUACGAGUGCGCCAGGGCACGCAGCUCUUCUCCAAAGGGUUGGCUUCCUCAUUGCCUGAAGGUGUCGUCCAUCUCUCUAGCCCCGUACAAGCUGUUGUGCAGAACGAUAAUCGCUCCGUAAAAGUCGAGGCCAGUGGCAAGGUCUACUCUGCGCAAAAGGUCAUCACCACCGUCCCCGGGCCCUUCCUCAAGACGAUUUCGUUCCAACCAGCACUUCCCCACACGAAGCUGGCUUGGAUUGAUUCUCAAACUUACGGGUACUACACAAAAGCUAUGAUGGAGUUUAGCGCCCCGUUCUGGGUUGAGAAGGGUUACUGCGGCUUGGCUCAGUCUUUCAUAGGCCCAGCCUCCGUGAUCCGUGACACGAGCAGUCCGGCAGACAAGAAAUUCGUGCUGACGUGCUUCAUGGCCGGCGAACCUGGGAAGGCAUGGGCAGCAACAACAACCGCCGAGCGCGAGAACAGCCUGCUGAAGCAACUGAGCGAGUUGUAUGGCGUUGAGAACAUCCGUCACCUUUUCAAACAAAUGGUGUUCUAUGAAUGGGUCAACGAUGAGUUCUCAGGAUGGGGUUGCCCGUGCACAUCGCUCACUCCUGGAGUUCUUGACACGCUUGGUGGAGACGGACUCCGGGAGCCGUAUCGUGAUGUUCAUUUCGCGGGAACAGAAACCGCUGGUGAAUGGAAGGGCUACAUGGAGGGCGCUGUACGAAGUGGAGAGCGGGCUGCUGCGGAAGUUGUGAAAAGUCUCCAGGGCGGUGUUGUAUCGCGCCUUUAGUUAACCUUUUCUUCAACGCAAGAGGGUUAACAUCACUAGAGGUCAACAUUAUUUCAAGAUCUGAGAUACCAAUGUGCCUCUUCUUCUGGGACACCACUGUCAUGUCUACAGACUUUUAACCCGGCAUUGUACUAACCCGCACGAACUUAUAAGCAGCCUAAACACCGUAGUUUGUUUCACCGGCACAGAUAGUGGUUCACUGGUAAUGUGUGCUAAUGGCGUCGAAAUCAGCGGCGUCGGACUUCUGUGUUCUCGCCGUUGUAGAAGACCGUGUGGCUCAGACAAGAGACGAGAGCGCUGUUACUCUUGCCGGCCUCAGUGCAUGAGCCUGGUGUUUCGCCCACCGGCCUGGCAUGCAAGCUUCAUCCAUUCACAUUCGUCCAAUCUUUUGACUGGCC